AUGGCAAGUCCCUUCCUUGCUGGCGUACUUGCUGUUGGGAUGCCAUUGGGCGGCGUCAUGGGUUACCGAAAGGGGAGUGUGGCAAGCCUGAUUGCGGGUUCACUAAGUGGUGCCUUGAUGGGUGUGUCAACCCUUCUUUUGAUGCAGGACCCCGCGAAAAAAAUGGGAAACCGGCUUGCUGCCACCGUAACGUUUAUUGUCGCCUUUGCCAUGGGGCAGCGCUACUACAAGAGAAGGAAGUUGGCCCCGUUAAUCGUUGCCUCAGUGAAUGCGUUGAGUUUUCUCCUCGUCUUCGGCCCUAAUUCUUUUUCAACUAAAAACUGA